UGGGGAAGAGAAACGGCACCAUGGCUGGCAAGAAAGUCUGCAUUGUAGGCUCCGGCAACUGGGGCUCAGCCAUUGCCAAGAUCGUGGGUGGCAAUGCAGCUCAGCUGGCACGCUUUGACCCACGGGUGACGAUGUGGGUGUUUGAGGAAGACAUCGGGGGCAAGAAGCUGACAGAGAUUAUCAACACGCAACAUGAGAAUGUCAAAUACCUGCCAGGGCACAAGCUGCCCCCCAAUGUGGUUGCUGUCCCAGAUGUGGUUCAGGCUGCAAUGGAUGCUGACAUCCUGAUCUUUGUGGUGCCUCAUCAGUUCAUCGUCAAGAUCUGUGACCAGCUUAAGGGCCAUCUGAAGGCAAACACGAUUGGCAUAUCUCUUAUUAAGGGGGUAGACGAGGGCCCCAACGGGCUGAAGCUCAUCUCUGAAGUGAUUGGGGAGCGCCUUGGCAUCCCCAUGAGUGUGCUGAUGGGGGCCAACAUUGCCGGCGAGGUGGCUGAGGAGAAGUUCUGUGAAACGACCAUUGGCUGCAAGGACCCCGCCCAGGGACAACUCCUGAAGGAGCUGAUGCAGACACCCAAUUUCCGCAUCACUGUGGUUCAAGAAGUGGACACAGUGGAGAUCUGUGGAGCCUUAAAGAAUAUUGUGGCCGUAGGGGCUGGCUUUUGUGACGGACUGGGCUUCGGCGAUAACACCAAGGCGGCGGUGAUCCGGCUGGGGCUCAUGGAGAUGAUUGCCUUUGCCAAACUCUUCUGUAGCGGCCCUGUAACCUCUGCCACUUUCUUGGAGAGCUGUGGUGUUGCUGACCUCAUCACUACCUGCUAUGGAGGGCGGAACCGCAAGGUGGCGGAGGCCUUCGCUCGCACAGGAAAGUCCAUUGAGCAGCUAGAAAAAGAAAUGCUGAAUGGGCAGAAGCUGCAGGGGCCCCAGACAGCUCGGGAACUACACAGCAUUCUCCAGCACAAGGGCCUGGUGGACAAGUUCCCCCUGUUCAUGGCUGUGUACAAGGUAUGCUACGAGAACCAGCCAGUAGGUGAAUUCAUCUGCUGCCUACAGAAUCAUCCAGAACACAUGUGAGCGGGGCUGGAGCCCAGGCCAGGCUGCUUCUUUACCCCAAGGAAGAAGGCAGAAACUUGGGGCACCUGGCCACCAGGAUCUCUGGGACUCUGUGUAGCAGCCUCUUCUCAGCUUUUCACUGAAGGAUAAAAGGCUCUGGGGCUCAGCUACGCACCUCUAGAGAUCUGAAGCCUCUUGACACAUACCACAUCUCUGCCAGAAAUGGAGUACCCUGUUUCUCCCCAGAGGCAGAGUCUUUCUCCCUGUCCUCUGAGAAUGGCAGAAUCAAGCCCCAUUGCUGCCUGCUUG